AUGACAUCCCUUUUUCCAGCUCCAGAUUCCAUUUCUGGUCUCACUGGGCCCCAAAAAUGCACAAUUUAUGCAGCAUGGCAGUUAAUUAAAAAGGACUUUCAGAUACAUGCACGAAAUGUGUUUGCCAGGUUUUUCGAAGAAUAUCCCACGUACCUGAACCAUUUCAAUGAUGAAAAUGAACCAAACAAUAAAAUUCACCGUCAUUCAUUGGCAGUGUUUGAAAGCCUUAAUCUCUUGAUUGAAAUCGGAUUUAACGAUGUCAAUGCAUAUGAACAUCAUUUGUCCGCUUUGGUAAAGUUUCAUCCCAAUAUUCGAAGAGACGACGUGAAAAAUAUGUCAGACACAAUUACGAACUAUCUAUUGGAAACGUUGGAGAAACAACGAACAAAUACAUUGAAUAUUUCCUUGGUGGCAUUUUUUGAAGGAAUUUGCAAAGCGUUUGAUCAAAUUUCUCAUGUCGAAGAGGAACUAGGAUUGAAUGAAGCUUCAUCAUUGUGGUCCACAGAAGACCAAGAGACAAAAUCAGAAGUGUGA